ACCUCUUGACAACCUUGCAUUUCGCAAGUGAAAUUCUCAUCAGCCGCAUUACUAUGACAUUUACUAAAGCGCGAAUUCUUUAAAUCUUUGAAUCCAUCGAAAUAUUAUUCAUCUUUCAACAGAAAUAGGUUGUUGGUAUUGAUGAAACUCGUUACCAAGCCGUUGUCAAGGUACACACUGACAUAAUGUCGCUUAACCUAUAUACCUAUCGAUCUUACUGGCAGUAUUUUUAAACACGACCUUUAUUUUACACCAAAAUUAUCAGAAUGUGAGUCGAAAUUGAACGAAAACUUCAAAAAAAAUCAUGCCGACCAAAAGUUUUCUGGUUAAAGCCGAACUAACCAUACAUAAACUCUCUUGUCCCGGAGUUUGGCUGUGUUCCAAUGGAAAAAUCUCCUUGCAACUAGGGAUGCUGGACUCUAACAUCCAGACAGAAGCUUAUAAACCAAUAUUCCCCAUGUUAUUCGACGAAAAAUUCAUCUUUUACAAAACAUUUCUGAAAGAAAGAAGAUUAGGUGAGUUACAACGAAGCCUCUACCGAGAAAAAUUCCUCGUCGAGAUGAUUCAGUGGAAAAAUUGUGAUGAAGGUGUGGUCCUUGCCAAUUACAAGACUUCCUUAGAUGAAUUGCUUUAUCCCAGUUCAUUCAGAAAGACAGAAUUAACGGGAAAUAACGUGGAUGUACUCAUGGAACCGACUAAACUCUUUCCAGGGACCAUCGCGCCAAAACUCCAACUCAAAACCAAGACUACCAUUGAAGAAACUUACUCAGAGGUUAAUCCUAAGAUAUUUCCUAAACCUACGAUGGGUCAUCACCAAAAAUAUCAUUGCAAUGGUCAAAUAUCAGCUAGGAAACUUCAUCCGAAGAAAGUGUGUCAUACUGUGGGCUACAGCAAGGCUCUGCAAAGAUGUCCUAAAACUAACAAAGAUAAGAGACCUAUUUUUAUGUACAGAAGACCAGAAGAUGAUUUAAUUCUUCGAACAAACCCGAAUAAGGUGAUUAAAGAUGACAUGAUUAUGACAAAUAGAGACUUAAAAAGCUUGAGAAAGAAGAAAGAGAAUGUUUGUAUGUACCAGUGUUCGGAAAAUGGAGAUACUUGUUACUGUAACAAGUCAGUGCCUAUGUCUCAAGAACCUAGCACUAAAACCAGUUUUGUUAAAACUGUUCAGCCAAACAAAAUUCGAAGAUCUUCACAAACUUAUCCAUGUGAUUCACAGUACGAGUCAUGUUUAUGUACUAUUUGUGAAAAAUACGAAUGUACGUUUUUUGAAAAAAAUAAUCUCCAAAAGGAUAUGGUUUCAGAAAGUACUCAAGAAGAUGAUAAUUUGUGUCCGCACUGUAGAGAAUACAGCUCGAGGAACUACCAGUGCUAUGAAUCGGAUAACGCAUCUGAAAAAAAGGUGUGUUUUUGUUUGCCGAAAAAGAAGACAGCCAAACUGGCUAGGAAGUUACAAAAUAAGAUUAGAAAUACUGUUCAAAACGGUGCUAGUUCUUUAGAAAAUUGUUUAAGAGAUUGCGAGGUGAGCGAUUAGAAUAAUAUUAGAAAAAAGGUUUGUUAAAGUUUAUUGAAGCACAACCUAGUAACACGAAUAUUAACUAACAGUUAUUUUUGACUUUAUACAUAUUCAUCAUAUUAUACAGUGUUGUAAUAUACAAAGUUAUGCAAAUGUAUGUAAUAUACAGAAAAUAUAUUUAAUAUACAGAUACACCUUUCGCAUCAAGAACCAUAAUAAUAUUUCUGAUUUAAAUUAGGUGCAUAAGAAUUUCAUAAAUAACCGAAAAUAUUUAGU